AUGUCCAAAGAAUCGGUGUUAAACGACAUUAGAGGGAAGAUUGAUCGUGAGCGGAAGCUCAUUCAGGGGUUUCAGACCCUCAAGAAAACAACUCAGAACGCUGAGGUCAUCCAGAGAUGUAACAAUCAAAUUAGAGAGACCCAGUCCAACAUUGAUUACCUUCAAGAAACGUUGGCAAAGAUGAGUUUGGGUGAUACGGGUGAUGGCAGUGAUGUGGCUAGUCAUAGAUCCCCACCGUCGUAUUCUCGGUUUGAUCUCAUAAAAUAUGAUUGUCCUUCUUUGGGACACCGCAUUUCCUAUAUGAUGCAACAGUUACAAUUUAAGCUUCAGGUUGAAAAUCAAUACCGUGCAGCCAACGAAAAAUUGUCACGGCUCUAUCUAAUGGACGGCGACAAGCUGAGUAGCAGUGCAGCCGAAGGCGGUCGCAUUGAGAGUGAUCAGCGUAUAAUGUUGUUGAACAAAUCUCUCAAAAAGUAUCAAGAUAUGCAUAUCGAUGUCGACGAGGUCACCAGAGACAUGCAAGUGAUCCUGACUCCCAAGUAUGCCCGUAAGCCAUUGCUGGGUAAGCUCACGGUAGUGGUCACUUGUGUACGUGAUAUCGACCACAUUGCCCUGCCAAUGUUCUCUAAGCGCCUGGAGUCGUAUGUGACAAUCAAGGUAGACGACGUUGAGCUGGCACGUACGCGGCCAUCAAGAUCGGGCAAAUGGAAUGAGGAGUUCAGAAUCGACGUAGAUAAGGGAAAUGAGGUGGAGUUUGCAGUAUACGAUAAGGCUGGAAGUCAAGCGGUGCCCGUUGCAUUUGCGUGGGCUUUAUUGAGUGAUAUUACCGAGGAAUUGAGAAAACGUAAGGUUGAAAUGGGUUCAGCUGGAUGGGUUUCUGGAAAUGACUUCACUCCAAGUUCAGGGUCUGUUCCUAGUUCUUCCGGCACCGGCAGUGUUGGCAGCAAUAAUGCUGCUUUCAAUCAAACGGGCCCCACUGUUGGGUCCGGACAAAGCGGUGCUCUUUCCACGAGUCUGGUAGGCGGCAGUAGCCCUUCGAGUGACAAACCAAUUCAAAUCUCAGCAUGGAUAAAUCUUGAGCCCACCGGCCAAAUUCUCCUCACAUUCUCAUUCGACAAAUCAAACAGAACUAAUAAGCAGUUUAUGGGAGGGCUCGGCCGUCAUGGUGCUAUCCGUCAAAAGAAGGAAGAAGUGUUUGAGCAACACGGCCACAGGUUUGUGCAAAAACAGUUUUAUAACAUUAUGUGCUGUGCACUUUGUGGUGAAUUUCUUCGUUAUACUGGCUUUCAAUGUCAAGACUGUCGGUUCUUGUGCCACAAAAAAUGUUAUCAGAAGGUUGUUACCAAGUGUAUCUCCAUCUCUUCUGCUGAUGUUGAUCCUGAUGAGGCUAAGCUCAAUCAUCGUAUUCCUCAUCGCUUUGAACCUACUCUCAAUCGUGGUACCAAAUGGUGUUGUCACUGUGGUUACAUCUUACCAUGGGGACGAAAGAAUGUGCGGAAAUGUACCGAGUGUGGAGUCAUGUGUCACGCUAACUGUACGCACUUGGUGCCUGAUUUCUGUGGAAUGUCUAUGGAGAUGGCUAACAAAAUUUUGACCACUAUCAAGUCCACCAAACCUCGUCCUAAGCAGCCAGCUACAAAAGACUACCCUAAACUUCCUAAGCAAGACGGGGCAUCGUCCAUCACCAAGGUUCCAUCGAUUCCUUCGAUGGAAUCAGAAAGCCGUGAAAAGUUGCCAACCCAAUCAUCUAACGCUUAUCAAGCACCAGUGGAUGCCCCUAACCAACGUCCAGUUGCAAGGCGGCCACCACCACCUGUCCCUGUUGAAGAUCGAGGUGAUAGUGACAGUUACAGCUCCGGGCUGCAACAACCAGAUUUCACCUAUGACAUUUCCCAGUCUGAUUUGCAACCCGAACCAAAGGACGAUUUCACCAACUUUGACUACGGUAAUGAGAAGAGCAGUGUUUUACAACAAGGUGCUCCAAGUAUCCAGGAAACGUAUAAUACUCGCGGAGAACAGCAAGCUGUUAUCAACAGAGCUGCGGAUAACAAGCACUACCAACCAGAAGACGGUAGAGACGUUCAUGCACACAUUUCACCGGAAACUCGCUCACCAAUGAAGACGAAGAAACGUCGCAGAAAAAUCGGGCUUGACGACUUUCAAUUUCUCGCUGUUUUAGGUAAGGGUAACUUUGGUAAGGUUAUGCUUGCUGAGUCGAGACAGACCCAGACAUUGUGUGCUAUCAAAGUUCUCAAGAAAGAUUUUAUUGUGGAAAACGAUGAAGCUGAAAGUGUUAAAUCCGAAAAGAGAGUGUUUUUGACUGCCAAUAAGGCAAUGCAUCCAUUCUUGUUGAAUUUGCAUUGUUGUUUCCAAACGGAAAAUAGAAUCUAUUUCGUUAUGGAGUACAUUUCAGGUGGAGAUUUGAUGUGGCAUAUUCAAAAGUCUAGGUUCUCCGCAAAGCGGGCCAAGUUUUAUGCUUGUGAGGUGUUAUUGGCACUAAAGUACUUUCACGAGAAUGGAAUCGUUUACCGUGAUAUCAAACUUGAUAACAUUUUGCUUACCACUAAGGGCCACAUUAAAAUUGGUGAUUAUGGUCUUUGUAAAGAAAACAUGUGGCAAGGCAAUACUACUGCCACCUUCUGUGGAACGCCAGAAUUCAUGGCUCCUGAAAUCAUUUCCGGGAAGCAAUACGACCGGGCAGUCGAUUGGUGGGCACUUGGUGUUUUGCUCUUUCAAAUGUUGCUUUGUCAAUCACCAUUCAAAGGUGACGAUGAAGACGAAAUUUUCAAUGCUAUCGAGCACGAUGACGUGCGAUACCCUAUUAAUAUGCCACGGCAAACGGUGCUUGUUUUACAAGCAUUAUUAACGAAAGACCCAUUGUCUCGUUUGGGAAGUGGACCUCGAGACGCUGAGGAAAUUAUGGACCAUCCAUACUUUUCGGAUGUGAAUUUCGAUGACAUUCUCAACUUGCGGGUGCAACCUCCAUACAUUCCUGAAAUCACUUCCGAGCACGACUACUCCAAUUUCGACAAGGAGUUCACGUCGGAAACUCCUAGAUUGACGCCGGUAGACACAGUGUUGACGUCAGAAAUGCAGGAACAGUUUCGGGGAUUUUCUCACAUCUCCGAUGAUGCUGCAAUAUAA